CGGGACCGCCCAGCGUCGCUCGGGCCCUCCAUGCAGGACGCGGCGGCGAUGUUGUGACCUACAUUCGCGACGAGGAGGUCCCCAGCCCGCCGCCACCAUCGGGCCAUGAAGCGGCACAAGUGACAGGGGCGGCCGUGCCCGCGGCCAUGGCCAGCCCGGCACCAUGGCUGCACUGCACACAAACAGAGCUGACGCCCUGGGAGGGAGAGGACGAGGAGGAGGAGGAGGAGGAGGAGGAAGACGACGACUUUGAGAGGCGGAUGGACGAGGACGGGGUCAUCGGCCUGGGGGAGGGUGCCAGGAGCCCACCGUGGGGUGACAGGGAGGACCUGGAGGAGGGGUCCCCGGUGGAGGAGGGUCGCUGGCACCCGCAGCGGGACCUGGCAGGGCAGGACGAGGAGCGAGGCAGCUCCGGUGGGGACGAGGGGCCCUGGGGGGCAGAGAGUGACGGGGAGCCUUACCCCGAGCUCUCCUACGAGGGCCGGUGGGGCUCGGGGUCCAGCGGCAGCCCCGAGGCUCUGCAGGAACACCAGGCUCUCUGCCAGCCCCGCGGCUGCAGCACGGAUGGUGGGGACACCUCGACGCUGUCGGACACCAGCCCUGGCCCUGCCACCGCAUCCCGCCGGCCCCGGGGCUGGGGCACGGCCGGGGACACCUCUGGAGGGCACGGGCAGGGGUGGACCCCGAGAAGGAGCCUCCCACUGCCCCACUCCACCGAUGACCCCCGCGGUGCCACCAGCCCCGAGCCUGUCCCCAAGCCCCAAACAGCCCCUGGCACCACUGGCUUGGCACCCUCGGAGGAGCCCCGGGGCGCCGGGAACCCCCCAGCACCCCAACUGCACGACAGGUCCCGGGUGCCCAAAAAAGCGGCGCCCACGGUGGUGCCCCCCAAGCCGGCCCGACAGUCGCGAUCCCUGAGCCCCCGGCGGGGAACGGGAGGCAAGGGGCACAGGGAUGCCUCGGGCACGGAUGGCACCCAGUACGGCCGCGGGCGCCUCAACCACCCCCUGCCCGACCUGUCCAAGGUGGAGGCGCGGGUGAAGUUCGACCAGAGCUACCGCCCCCCCCGGGGCCGGGUCCUGCCCGCCCGCCCCAGGGUGCCCGGUGGUCCCGUCGGCUUCAAGUCCCCGGCCGAAAUCGUCCGGGAGGUGCUGCUGAGCAGCGGGGAGGGGGUUCCCCAGCAGCCCCUCAGCGCCGCCGGGCUGCCACAGGAGUUCAGGUCCCCCAAACAAGCCACGGCGCUGGUGCAGCAGCUCCAGGACGACUACCACAAGCUGCUGACCAAGUACGCCGAGGCUGAGAACACCAUCGACCAGCUGCGCCUGGGGGCCAGGGUGAGCCUGUUCUCAGACCCGCCCCAGCCCAGCCGCAGCCUGGCCGUGGGCACCGUGGGCAGCGGCUGCCGUGUGAUGACCCUCAGCAUCCCACAAGCCCGGACGGCAGCUCUUGGCACGGCCACGGCCACGGCCUCCACUUCGCCAGCUGGAGCUCCAGCACCGGGACCAUCAGAUCGGGGGGGUUCACCCCAUCCCCGAUCCCCUCCUCCGCCCGGGGGGAGCUGCCCCAGCUGCUCCGGGCCGUGCUGCUGCCCCGGCCCCCGCCUGACCCGGGCUCUGGCGGGGCAGAGCCGCAGGCUGCAGGCCCAGGUGGAGUCCUUCGAAAGGUGGAUCCGUUUGGGGAGCCCCCCACCCUCGGAGCAGCUCCAGAGGAUGAGGCUGCUGAAGGACGCACAGGAUGCACUGGAGCGGGAGUACCUGCGGGGCCGACAGCAGUUCCCGGGGGCUGCGGGGGGCUUUGAUCCUGACCGGGCGGUAGAAGAGGAGAUUUACCGCCUGGGGCUGCGCCUGGAGGGGCUGAAGGAGCGGCUGGAGCCGGGAGGCAGGCGGCAGCCCCCCCUGCAGUCCCCUCCGCAGCCCCUCCCUCAGCCACACUGCCCCCCAGCCCCGUCCCCACCACCGGUCACCCACUCCCCACCCCCCGAGAGCCCUGAGCUGGUGGAGGGUCCCCUGGGGACAGCGGGGAACCACGAGGGAGUGAUGGGGGGGCUGCCCUGGCCCCUCUGGCACAAGCAGCUCCGAGUGGAGGAGGAUUUCGGGGACCUGCUGGAGCGGUACAAGCACUUCAAGUCCCUGCCGGCGUCGCUGAGCCUGGAGCAGCUCAGCCUGGUGGGGAGCGGGUCCCAGGAGGAGGUGGACGCUCCUGCAGCAGGGGACGGUGGCCCCGGCAAGGUCCCUUGCAGGACACGGUCAGUGGAGGAGGCGACCGACCUGGAGACCUUCCCCUUGCAUCCCCCGGAGAGUAAAGCUGCACUGCUGCCCUCCAGGGGACCCCCAAAGGCAGAGGGGACAGGGGGCCACCCAUCCCCUGCCACCUCUGAGGAGCCACCAGCCAGUGCCAAGCCCCACCUGGUGGCCCCCGGACCACCACGGGCGCCCCUGUCCCGCCGCAGCAGCGGGACGGGCAGCGCUGCCCCCCAGCACGGGCCCCGCAAGGUGAAUCGCCUGCGUUCCCCCCUCUGCCAGCACCCCUACCCUUUCGGGGGUCCUGGGGUGCUCAGCACCGACCCUGCGUUGCCCGUGCCCCUGCAGGAGCAGCGCAUUGUGUCACCGGAGACAGACAGUGGCUUCGUGGGCUCGGAGGCCAGCAGGGUGUCCCCCCCCGUGCACACCCCCGAGCACCGCCCCCCCGGCACCGGGAUCCCCGGUUCGCUGGGACCCUCCAUCCCCAUCCCCACAACCCUCCGUGUCCCACGGAAGAGAGUGACGACCCCACUUCCCUCCGAGACAGCACUGAUGGGCAUCUACCCCGCGGGCGGACAGGGGGGCAUGGGGGGGCCCUGCCUGCCCCCCAGCACCCCCUCGCAGAGCAGUUCUCCCCCUCGCUGGGCCGAGAGCGCGGGCAGCGAGGCGGGACCCGACCCCGGCGGUGACGGAG